GUCCUUAGUUUUUACAGUUUACUGGUUUGUUAGGCGAGGAAUACUAAUUACCCUAGCAAGGUAAUUAAUUGCACAGAGCGCGAGAACUUUAGUGACUCUCCCUAACCUGCUUUCUCUUUUGGACUGUUUCAAGGCUCCCCUGGCUUCUUGGCAGGCAGAAAAAUAGUUUUGAACGAACUUUACCCAAACUUUAAUCUGAAGUUGCAGCAACGAUUAAAAAACACAAAACUUACGUUCGAAGAAACCCUCGUUUGAACUCACUAACAAACGUCGAUUAAUAUUCCUUAAUUAAUGCGAAAUCAUUGCAUUCCUACAACCGAAAGUAUGAGCUCAGAACGAUGAUAGAGAUGUAUUUUAAAACUUGUUUGAAUCCAGGAUUUUACAAAUCUUAAAUGGGCGACGCGUUAAGUGCAAACGACUGUCUUGGCUAACGUAAUGUAAAAUUUAUAUAGUAUGAAAGUUAAGGAACGACAUGGCUGACGUCUCUAAAUACAGCAGUAAUGGGAUCUGUUCAUAAUUCGUAUAGCAGAAACGCCGCCAUAAAUAGUCGGUGGAGUGGGCCCCACCGUCACCAAAGGCUUACCUCUUAAAGAAAGCUUGGACUCGAUUGUCUGGCGCGUAAAUAUGCGUUUUAUUUUGUGACAACAAUACCGGUUUACCAAUCAUGUAACGUUUUAGCCUGACUGGAUUUUUUUAUAUUGACGCUUAGAAUUAAAAUAAUUUUAUACGAAAUAUAUAGGCCUAAAUGGCUUAUGAAAUUUACUUGAAAAUAAAAUUUUAUAUUAAAAUACUCAAUUCCUUCUUGGUAAAAGAUACAAUAAUUUACUUCAACUAGUAAACCUUUAGGACUACCGUGAACAUGUUUUAAGGUUUGCAUCCCAGCGAUGUAUGGACAGGACCCCGAUAUUCCUUAGUGUAUCUUAGGAUGAAAGGUGGCUCUGAAUAGCCACAUUGUGCCUGGCUUCCUGUCGUCGGCGUACUCUGCAUGCUUCUUCAGCAUUUAUUCAUUAUUCUCACCAGAUCGACGCGGUCCGUAAGCAUUUCAAGACAACUGGGGUGUAAAAAGCGAGACUCCGCAACACCACAUUCAAAUUAGAGGAGCGGGGAAGGGGGCUAUUUAUAGUUAUAGAGCAAGCAACUAUAAUACUUGUUUAAAAUAUGUUAAGUUGUAGGUGGGAAUUUAGACGACAAAAGACUAGUGUUUUAUUUUAAUGCAGACAAGUCUGUGACAAGGAAAUUCGCAUUUAUUCAAAAUUUUAAACUUCAAAAUUAGGUUUCGAUUUUAAGUUGAAAUGUGACGCUAAUAUAAUAUUAUCCAUUUUCAAUAACCUUGUGUGUUCUUUGUUAUUAAUUUUAUGGUAUUUUAAAAUGAUUUAAAUAUUUCUAGUAUGCAUUUCUGUAAUUAUAUUUCAGAGUAUUUGUUCAUAGGCGGAAGCUUGAAAUAUACGAAACAUUACCACUUUAAGAGGGAGGGGAAGCCUUGAAACGGUCAAGUUCCAUGUUUGUAUCUUGAAUUUGAGAGCCGAGCUGAACUCCAUGUUGUAACAAACUUAUCCACUAGAAACUCCUCUUUUCAUUUUUUAUUAUUUUUAAUAUUUCUACAUUUUCAUAAUUUUAAGCGUAGUGGUUUUAUAUGUAUAUUUCCGCAUACAUAAUGCUUUUAAUCAACUGAUGUGAAUGUUAAUCAUUUUGCAAAUAAUAUCAUUUUUAAUCGUAAACACCUAAGUAUCAAUAUCAUCAUAACGAGAGAGAAAAAAACUUUACGCUGCACUUAUACGGAUUUUUGGAGCUAAUGGACCACACGUCCUCAUCAGUAAUCACGCAAGUUAGCAGAGAUGAGGAGGUGAAUACUCCAUUGCGAGAAAAGGGUGCCCCAGCACAUGUGACCUCCAGCACCAAGAAACCUCGGAGCCGGGGCAUUUUCCAUAGUCUGUUUUGCUGUCUCUGUACUGACGAUGCAGACCAGCUCCCUGUCAAUAACAAUGCCCCCGUCCUAGUGGAGGAGAACGGAACGGUCUCAAAGGUCCCAGCAAAGCCAUUGCUGCCUCAGAUAAAGUCUAAAGAUGUGGGGAAAAUCUGUGUGGUCAUUGACCUGGAUGAAACACUAGUGCACAGUUCAUUCAAGCCAGUGAACAAUGCUGAUUUUAUCAUUCCAGUGGAAAUUGAUGGAACUGUUCAUCAGGUGUAUGUGUUGAAGCGACCCCAUGUGGAUGAGUUUCUUAAACGAAUGGGAGAAUUGUUUGAAUGUGUGCUGUUCACUGCAAGUCUAGCUAAGUAUGCAGAUCCAGUGUCCGAUCUGUUGGAUAAAUGGGGAGCCUUUCGGUGCCGGCUCUUCCGGGAGUCGUGUGUCUUUCACCGUGGAAACUACGUCAAGGAUCUCAGCCGCUUAGGCAGGGACCUCAACAAAGUCAUCAUUGUGGACAACUCUCCAGCCUCCUACAUCUUCCACCCAGACAAUGCUGUACCUGUAGCGUCCUGGUUUGAUGACACGUCCGACACAGAGCUGCUCGAUCUAAUCCCAUUCUUCGAGAGACUGAGUAAAGUGGACGACGUGUACACAGUUCUUAAGCAGCAGAGGACUAUAAGCUAAUAGAAUCAGAAAGGGGUUGUCAGGGGCCACGGGGGCCACGGGGGCUAGCCUGUACGCCGCCUCCUUCUUGGACUGGCUGCUGCCCUUCUCAUCAAAAUCUACCCAGAAUUCCAAUCAUGAGAAGCUUGGCAGAAUGAAGCAAACUGGCCUGUUUGGAAGGGCAAUGGAGUGUUUGAAGAACCUCUGUAUUACAAAAAUGUAUAUACUGUUCUUAACACUUGAAUAUGUGUUAUUCCUUUUUGUACUUUUUUUUUCCUUUAAAGGCAAGCUUGAGGGAAGGGUCUGUUUUACAGACAUGGUUAACCCUUAGGAAACAGACAUAAAAGACCUUAAUCUGUUCUCAGUAAUAACACCUUUCAUUCUGUUUUUCCUUGGGCUUAUGUCACGGAUUGAAUUACAUUCAUUCCUUUGUUCUUCUGACCUUACCUCAAAUGCCCAAGUUGGUUUUUGAACAAAAUCAAAAAUGGCAAUCAUGAAAAGUAUCCUGACUACGCUGUUCCUUUCACGCCCGUGUGAUAUGGUAUGGAAUGAAUUCAGUUCUAGUGUUCAAAAUCUUGUUUUAGCACAGUUAACUUACCAAGUAACUUGUCAUGAUAUAUGACAAAGCACUAUAGCAUGCUUUGAGUAUUUUUGACUACUUUAGCGUUUUAGUCUUAAGUACAGUAAUUCUGGAAUCAUGGAAACAUUAUUGUAUCAAAUGUCAUGCAUCACAGGUGGUAGCAUAUUUUUCAAAAUCAUUUUUUGUUUCCAGUCACUAAAUUGCAAAACUUAAUUCCAAAUUUUGUCCCUUGGUUCACUUUGAAAACUCAACAUGUAGUUCGGUGUUCUGUUAUUUUAUUUUAUUUUAAGAUAGAGUGCUGAAGAUGGGAUACUUUUAAAAAUAGCAAAACAAAGUGCCUUCAUCUUGCAGUCUUUGCCUUUAGCCUGAUGUAACCUCCCUCCCAAGCCUGAUAAGGUUCUUCAGCUUCAGGUUCUUCACCAGAAGUGCCAACACGUAUGUGGUGAACUAUUUUUAUACUAAGGUCAGGAUAAGCACUGAACAGGUGCAUUUGGUCACCAUGGCUACUUUUUAUUUUUAUUAGAACAAACAUUUCAAAAACUGUGCCUUUGUUUUCCAUGUCUUGUACUGUGCAGAGAGGAAAAUAUGUAAAGUAUAAUUGGUUUGAGAGUUUCUGUAUAUGGAUGACAAAAACACAUGGUUCUUUACAAGCACAAUAUCCCUCCUGUUUUGUAGUACUACUCAUUUUUCAGUUGUGGUCCAUAUGUAAUGGAUUGGAGAUAAUCAAGUAUAAAUAUAUAUGUUUGCCAUUUUUAUUAAUCUUCCCAAGCCAGCUAUUUCAUAUAUAAUACAGGUUGGACAAGUAAAUCGGUAAUUUCUAAUCAAUAUUUGAGAAACUGAAAAUUUUCAGUUUUUGGGUAUGGUUUUACGGCUGCUUUAAAACAAUAGAUAUCCAAGUUUUUUUCCCCUUUAGUUUUUGUUUAGAGUGAGUAUAUAACACAAAUUCAGCAGUAUAAUUAACUGCACUGCCAGCAGGUUUAACAGGAUAUUCAUGGAUCAUAAUUCUAACAAAAUGCUUGGUAGAUGACAUAAUGCUGUUCUGGCUUCUAAUUCAACCCUGAAUAUUGGUUUUUAACUGAUCUGUAAUCUCUACUUCCUUGUCAAUUUUUGUCCUUUUUGAAGUAGGCUUUGCUGAUCCUGAGUAGGAAUGAAUAUGUUUUCUUUUGGAAGACCCCAUACUUUUUAAAACAAAGUUUCGUAGUUCCUUCUCCACAUCAGAUGUCAAUGGCUUUAUGGUUGCAUGUGUGAUGGACCUUAAAAUAGUGUAAAAUUACACAUUUAAAUAAGGUUACCCUGCUGUUGUGACCAUAUGUUUGGAGGUUUUAUCAGUACAUGGUAUAGGACAUUAUAUAAAAAUUGACUGUACAUGUCUUUCCUAAGAGAUAUUCCGGCAGUAAAUUCCACAAUAAACUCAUCAGUAUUACAAAACAUGACUUCUACUGUGUAAAUAGCAGCAAUGAUGGUAUGUCAGUAAAGUAAUGCCACUUGCCUUCAUGCUCGAUGUGUCUUUUUCACACAAUGCAGUAAGCUAAUGAAAACUGUAAUAUGUAAUGCAGCCAUAAUUCUUAACAUUCAGUUUGGUUCCAGUGAAAUGCCUUUUGUAAAUCCACUUUAUAAGACAAUGUUAGCAUCUUGUGCUGUUUCCAUUCCCUCUUAUACUCAUUAACCAAAAGACAGGCAAAAUUGUACUCACUCUAGUUAUGCAGGUUAGUUAUGCAGCCAUUUGCCUUUUACUGUAUUUCUCCUGUAUUUAUAUACAAACCAGCGUAUAUUCAGAUGUAUAUGUUUGGUCAUUGCACAGUAAUAAAUUGGCAUUAAUAUAUGAUAUACUUGUGAUCUGGGAACACUGAGAUUGUAACCUAGUUUUGAAAGUCUUUGUUAUAAUUAAUUGUACUUUACUGUACAAAAUAUGAAUUAUAAAUGAUUAAAUUAA